CUCACUUCUCCCACAUGCCAUGCUCCUUCUCUUCUUUUCUCUCCAUUCAUCACUCUCUCAACUCUGCUCUUUCUUCACCUUAACAAAUGGCUGCAACUCUCUGCCACUCAUACAUGGAGUCCCAACUCGUCGACUCCAGAAUACACAGACUCAUCCUGUCAUCACACAGACUCAGCCCCAAGAGUCUGGAGCUCUGCACCGAAAACCUGGGCAACGAGACGGGCAGCGACAUCAUAGAGAGCGGCAUUGAGCUGCUCUCUUCCCAUUCAUCGGAAUGUGGCGACGGUGAAGUGAGUCCGGGGAUGAUAAGGGAGAAGCAGAAAAGGAAAGCGCGUGAAGGUCGGAGUUUUCCGCCGCCGUUGACAACGAUAACAGGAUCCGAAUCCAUACGAGUGAGGCCCCACAGAGAAGGUGGGAGGCUAGUGCUCCAGCUCAUUAAGGUCCCAUCCUCUUUCCGAGCAGAGAGAAGCCCCGGCCGUCUUCGCCUCUGCUUUUGGACUGAAAUGCAACAUCACCACCACCACCACAUUGAAGACGCGGUGGAGGAUGAUCAAGAAGAUGAGGUAGAAAAAACACAAGACCAUCAACAUGAUGAUGAUGUUGAUGUUGAUGUUGAUGUUGAUGAUGAUGACGACGGUGUUGAUCCUGAGAAUAACGAGUGUGAAUGGGAACUCUUCCAGAAACAUACAAAAGAGCGCAAGCAGCAGCAGCAGGUGAGAGUGGAAAGUACCAAGUUCGAGUGGCCAAGCAGCAGGUGCAAGGAAGAAGAACAUGAAAACAUUAAUGAUUUGAUAAUAUAUUGGGGGGAACCAGUUCGUUUAAUUUUAAUUUCGAUCUAUCUAUAACCUAGUUCUACAUUUUUUUCUCAAUUUUCUUAGGCAAUUCCUAUCUAUUUUGUUUAUUCCCCAUUAAACUUCCAUCUACUUGGUAGUUAUUAUCGUUAUUCUCUCUGUCUCUUCUACAACCACAAAACACAG